AAAAACAAUUAAACAAUGGCACCGUUUAAUUUUGAUGGCAGCUGCGAAAAUAUAGGCGAUGGAGUAUUGGAUUUUAUCUAUAAAGUUAUAAAGGAACAAGAUAUCAAGGUUCAGAAGAUUACAUUAAAGCCUGUUGGCAAACCUGGUGACAAUUUUGCGGCAAACGUGAAAAGGGUUGUUGUAGAAGGUGAAGAUAGAAGUUUUCAACUAAUUGCGAAACUUGCUCCACAAAAUGAAAAUGCGCGCAAACUUGUGAAGAUAACUGAAGUGUCUAUGAAUGAACAUAUAAUGUAUACUGAGUUUUUACCGAAGAUAGAACAAUUGCAAAAAGAAGCAGAAGUGCCUAAAGCAGACCGCUUGCGAUACGCUAAAUGUUAUGGUUCCUUAACGGACUAUCUUAAAGAAGUAAUUCUUUUGGAAGACCUGGCAUUAUCCGACUUUUCAAUUUUGGACAAAUUCGUAUCAUUAAAUAAUAUUUGUGUUAAAAGUGUUUUGAAAAAUAUGGCAAUUUUACACUCGUUCUCAUAUAUCUUAAAAUCCCGGGAACCUGAAACAUUUAAUAGUUUGAAAAGCAGAUUAAGUGAUAUUUGGUAUCUUUUAAGUAAGGAAGACAAUAUGAAAGUUGUCGCUGAACAGUUUCAAAAUAAUAUUUUAUCUGCAUUUGAAGAAGAUAUUGAUGUAAAAAACAAAAUUCAAAGCAAUUUCGAGAAUUUGUUUACCAAUACGGUCGAUUUGGCAGAAUUUGAAUACAAUAACAAGCAUUCAGUGAUUUUACAAGCUGACCCCUGGACAAAUAAUUUUAUGUUUCGAUUUGAGGAGGAACAACUAUUGGAGUCCAUCAUGAUUGAUUACCAACUUUCGAAAAACGGGAAUCCUGUUAACGAUAUUAUGGCCUUAAUUUUUAAUUGCACCGAUUAUGAAUCCAGAUCAAAACACUACUUUGAGUGGCUCGACUUCUAUCACGCAGAAUUAGAUAAAUCAUUAUCUUAUUUUAACCUUAGUGCUAAAUCAGUUUACCCCAGAAGUGAGAUGGAUGCAGAUAUUAAAAGGUAUGCACAAUUUCUUUUUGCACAAAGUUGUAUCGCUUGUGUUAUUGCGAUGAGAACUGGUGCUGAAGCUGUUGAAAUGGUGGAUGCUAUGCAAAAUUCCAGUGACUAUUCUGAAUUAGUGAAUUCAGUGAAAACAGAUACAUUGAAAGACAAAUCGCUAGCUUUUAUGAAAGGUAAAAUAAUGAAUAUACUGACCAGCUUCGAAGAAUUGGGUAUUUUUAGUGAUUAAACGUUUAUUUUAUGACUACUGGUUGAUUUUAUUAUUGGGAUGUCUAACAGUGGUAAGGGAUCAUGUACAUAAUGAGCAAUCUAACAUUGAGAUAAGUUGCACCGUUGUGAGAGCGCAAUGGCUACAUCAUUAUGUAUCAACAUGUAUUGUGUAAAAUAUGUCUGCCAUACUUGGCCUUUCAAAAUGUCGUGAGUCUUUGUCAUUUUGUCAUCGCUCUUAUGAGUAACUUUGAAGGUAUUUUAGAAAUUCCUCAUACCAAAGCGAACGAUCGUGCAUAGCAGCUCACUAUAGAAGGCAAAAAUGGUCAGAAUAUCUUAGACAGAUACAGUAACCAAUUCUUGACCAGUCUAGUCGAAAACAUUAUUGAAAAAUUGACUUUACAAAGUGCUGGGCUACAGCUCAUCAGUACUCCCGUAGUAGACUAAUACGCCAUCACUCUUAACCUCAUCUAUUAAUAGACUAUAAGAUGAUGACAAAAAUAAAGCACUCAUAACAAUCAGUUUUUUUGUGGAUCGUUAAUAUUUUAGUGUGACCAAAUAACAAUGCAAUUCUUUAUGGAGUUCGACACAGAUAAUCCGUGUCUAAGAUCAUUAUUAUUGUCUACAUUAAAUAAAAAAUAACAACAAUAGUAACGUGAACAAAAGUUACGUACUGUAGGGCCAAAUGCCGUAAGCGAGUACGGAACUUAAACAAUGUAUUACCUGCAUUAAUAUGGCGACUUCCAGCACUAGUCAUCUGUUAUAUGUAACCAUGUUCUUCCUUCUUCCCCUAAAUUUUACGACCCAGGCCUAGAAUAAACCCUAUUUUAAUUGAGGAGCCCACUAGGGCUGAUGCCUGCCGGGGCAGCGGUAUUGUCCGAAAUGGUUACCGCGGCUCCUGUAACACAAAAUGGGUGGGGUUUGUUCAGUACAAGUAGGAACCCCCUCUGCUCAACCCAAAGCAGAAGAAAUUAUUUAAUAAUUUCUCAUCCGAAAGAAACCCCUUUGUGUGUAAAAAGAUUGUACACAUCGUUCAUACACAUUUCGAUGUUGAUACGCCGGGAUAUUCUGGAUUUGUGUUUUGUUUAAAGAAAUGUGGAUAGUUUGAUGUAAAAUUAUAUUUAUUUUGUAAUCUAUAGAUGCAUGUAUAUAAGAAUUGGAGUCUGUUUGUAAUAAUGAAAAUAUUGAAAUAAAGGUUUUUAUGACAGUG